AUGGACCACGACGAUUUUGCCAAUAUUGAAUGGCAGAACAAUCGAAGAGGGCAUCCGCGAAGUGAUGACGAGAGCGAAGGUCCCAAUGUCGAAAAACAUGGUGGUGAAACUCAAGCAGGGCCAAAUGCAGAUGCUUUGGAUCUAGCAGGCGUGGGAGAAGGGGUUCUGGAGUGCAUAGUUGGUACGCCUAUCAAGGAGAAUGAUGGAACCAAAGAUGCAUUCGUGUCUUAUCUUGUUACUACGCAUACUACAUUUCCCUCUUUCCAAAAACCUACCACUUCUGUCCGAAGACGAUUUACCGACUUUGUAUUUCUAUACAAUACGCUCUUUAGAGAAUAUCCAGCAUGUGCCGUUCCUCCACUACCAGACAAGCAUAAGAUGGAAUAUGUACGAGGCGAUCGAUUCGGUACCGAUUUCACUCAAAGACGCGCCAACUCCCUCGCACGCUUCCUCACCCGCCUCACCCUUCAUCCUGUUCUCCGCCGCAGCGCCCUUUUGAUAAUCUUUUUGGAAAGCUCAGACUGGAAUGCGACGAUGAAGUCGCGCCCUUCACGAGGCGCCUCUCGAGAUGAGCAGGCUGCAGGAGUCUUUGAUAAUUUUACGGAUACGUUUAUAAAUGCCUUUACCAAAGUCCACAAGCCCGAUCAACGCUUCAUUGAAGUCAAAGAAAAGUCCGACAAAUUGGACGAAGACCUCGGGCAUAUUGAAAAGAUCGUCGCUCGUGUAGCUCGUCGUGAAGGCGACCUGGAAACGGAUUAUAAAGACCUAGCAGAACAAUUUCAACGUCUCAUCAAUCUAGAGCCCGGAGUCGAACAAAGCGUCCACGCAUUCAGUGCGAGUGUGGAAGAUACCAGUUCGGGCAUCAAAACUUUAAAGGAUCAUACGGAUCAAAAUUAUCUAGGCAGCUUGAGGGAUAUGCAAGCUUAUAGCACUGCCGUCAAGAAUCUAUUAAAGGCUCGCGAACAGAAACAACUCGAUUUCGAACAGCUCACUGAAUACCUUAAUAAAUCCACCAACGAUCGGGAUACGCUAGCCUCAUCCCACGGCUCGGGCGCCCUCACUGGAGCGGGCGGGUUCAUCCGUUCGAAAAUCGAAGAUGUGCGAGGAGUAGACCAUGAACAAUCUCGCCGAGAAAGAUUACGGAGAUUGGAAAUCAGGAUCGAAGAUUUAACGAAGGAAGUGGAGGAAGCCAAGAAGACGACGGAAGCUUUUGAUGAGGAGGUGGUGAGAGAAGUGGCGGAUUUCGAGAGGAUUAAGAGGGUGGAGUUUAGGAGUCAGUUGGGGGCGUUGGCGGAUGCGCAUCGAGAAUUUUAUGAGGGCGUAGGGAGGAUUUGGGAGGAUUAUGUCAAGGAAAUGGGGGGUGAUGAGGUGGUUGUUGGUGGGGAGGAUGCUUAG